CUUGUGUCAACUGAAAAAUGGCGCUCCAGUCGGAAUAUAUCUCUUUAUCUGAAUAUGCCGAGUGAAGUUUCGACAUCUGAAUUGUUGCAGCUGAGUUUCCAGGAGAAAAAGUCUGUUUUCAUACCCCGGUACAGUGAGACCGACAUGGAGAUGGUUGAGAUUCAUUCAAUGGAGGAUUACAACUGCCUACCUGUUACAUCAUGGAAGAUCAAGCAGCCUCUCCUCACUGAUGGUGCCAGAAAAACUCCGUCAUUUGAUAACGGAGGACUUGACCUAAUCAUUGUUCCUGGUUUGGCCUUCACGAAAUCCGGAAUUCGGCUAGGAAGGGGAAAGGGGUAUUACGAUAAAUACUUGCACGAAUAUCGAACAAAGUUUAAUAAACUACCGUAUCUCGUAGCUCUGGCUUUUAAUGAACAAAUCGUUGAUGAAAUUCCGACAACUGAUCGAGAUGUGAAAGUUGAUAUGAUUUUGUCGGCAGAUUGUUGCGUAGAAAUUUCAGCAUAA